AGGUAAAUGGCAGAGGCCAGUAUUUCAGUGGAUCAGUUCAGCUGUCCAGUUUGUCUAGAUCUACUGAAGGAUCCGGUGACGAUAUCCUGUGGUCACAGUUUCUGUAAGGUGUGUAUUAAUGGCUGCUGGGAUAAGGAAGAUAAGAGUGGAGUGUAUCGCUGUCCUCAGUGCAGAGACACUUUCACUUCGAGGCCUGUUCUACGCAGAAACAACAUGCUGGCUGAAGUGGUGGAGAAACUGAAGAAGACUGAAGUCCAAGCUGUUUCUCCUGCUCACUGUUACGCUGGACCUGGAUAUGUGGAGUGUGAUUUCUGCACCGGGAGAAAAUGCAAAGCCGUCAAGUUCUGUCUGAUGUGUCUGGCGUCCUUUUGUGAAACUCAUCUGAAACCUCACUAUGAAGUUCCUGCUUUGAAAAAGCACGAGUUAGUCGAAGCUUCUGGAAAUUUACAAGAAAAGAUCUGCUCUGAACAUGAUAAAGUGCUGGAGAUCUACUGUCGUACUGACCAAAGCUUCAUCUGUUAUCUGUGUAUGACGGAAGAACACAAAAGCCACGACAGUUAAAGUAUACAGAACUGAAAAACAGGUGAGAACUAGAAACA